AGUGGUGGGGAGCCCGAAAGUAUUGGAGCAAUUGAGGAACUCUUCUCAGUUCGACGACAGUAAAAUAAGGAGUCGGAUAGAAGUUAAGCUGGUCUAACGUAUUUCAAUCAAUUUAUCUACGUUUUAAGAUUAUUUAUUCAGUAAAAUUUAUUUUAAUGAGUCUCAGUAACAUUAUUAACGUAAUUUUCGACGUUAUCAGAAUAAGAUUGCUAGAAGAUUUAUAAAUUGAUUUUUGCAGUUUUUGUGUGUGUCUGAAAACAGUGAAACGAAUGUUGUGACUUGACCACGAUAUUGAUAUUUUAUAUUAUUUAUUUAUAAAGAAUUAAAAACAUUAAAAUUUAAAAAUGAUGAUGGAUUAUUUUGUCACGAAUAGUUCAUUGGCACCUGCACCUAUGGGUAUUCAAAGUACUGCAGGUGCUAUCCCUGUUAAAAAUGAUAAAGGAGAAUUGUCCAUGAAGAAAGUAAAAGUGCAUCGGUAUAUAUCAGGAAAACGCCCGGAUUAUGCUCCAACAGCUAGCUCUGACGAGGAAUCUGAAGAGGAAGAUUUUCACUAUAAAUGUGCCACCAAGGCUAGUGCUGGUGAUGACGGGGAACAUAUUGAUGCUGAAACAUGUCAUCCAAUGUCUAGUAAUAAAGAAGAUCCACAAGAAGUGGAAGUCGAAAUACGGGCUGAACCAAUCGAAAGAUCGAGAAAAAAAAUUAAAUUAGAAAGCUCCGAUUCGUCAGGAGACGAAGAAUUACCUGACUCAGAAAUCGAAAGACGACGAGACGCUCUGAAGCAACGAGUUUUAUCGAAGAAGGACAAUGAAGAAGAAAUGUCAGGAUUGAGUUCUGAAGAGAGUUCAGAAUACGAAGAGUAUACAGAUUCUGAAGAAGAAACUGGACCUAGAUUAAAACCAGUAUUUGUAAGAAACAAAGAUAGAAUUACAGUAAUGGAACGAGAAAAAGAAGCUAUGAAACAAAAACAAGCUGAAAUUGAAAGUAGAAAAAUGGCAGAAGAACGAAAAAGACAAACAUUAAGGAUGGUUGAGGAAGCAAUUCGUAAAGAAACUCAAGGUGAAAAAAUGGUUGAUUCUAAUGAAGGUAAAAUAGAAGACGUUUGUACAGAUGAUGAAAAUGAUGAACUCGAAUAUGAAGCUUGGAAACUGCGUGAACUGAAAAGAAUAAAGCAUGAUCGUGAAGAACGUGAAGUAGUUGAAAAAGAACCUCUGGAAAUUGAAAGAAUUCGAAAUCUAACUGAAGAAGAACGCCGUCAAGAAGCUAGAUUAAAUCCGAAAGUAGUCACAAACAAAGCAGCCAAAGGAAAAUAUAAAUUUCUACAGAAAUAUUAUCAUCGUGGUGCGUUUUACUUGGAUAAAGAGGAGAAUAUAUUCAAACGAGAUUUUUCUGGUGCAACAUUGGAAGAUCAUUUUGAUAAAACAAUUUUACCUAAAGUCAUGCAAGAAAACUUUGGCCGUAGUGGAAGAACCAAAUAUACUCAUUUGGUUGAUCAAGAUACAACGCAAUUUGAUUCUUCUUGGAUAUCAGAGACUGCUCAAAAUCUUAAAUUUCAUAAUAAUCAAGCAACUGGAAUGAAACAAGUUUUUGAAAAACCAUCGCUCAAGAAAAGGAAAAACAUAAUUUAAGAAAUAAUAGUCAAAACAUUUUUAUUAUUUAUCUUUUAAAUAAAGUACAUAAUUAUUGUAAGAUA